GUCUAAAAAUCAGGCACGACUUCUUCCUCUCGCGCGCCUCCCGCCAAACCCGCCCUGCGACUCCGGCCGCUUCCUCUCCUCCUCACUCCGCCAGCACGACACCCUCCUCCUCCCCUUGCAUAACGGGUCCCAACCACGCGCGCAGGGGGCUGCGGGCUCCGGCCACCGCCGCCGGGAUGCGCGCGGGCUUGGCCUCCGCUGCCGUCACGCGCGCCAGGGGGCUGCGGGCUCGGGCGCCGCCGCCAGGACGCGCGCCGGCUGCGGGCUCCGGCCGCCGCCGUGCCCCGCGUUGUGACCCUGUGAAGAGACGACGCCAGGACCCGCCUCCACGCGCAGCGAAGCGAUUGAAACCGCCUCUCACUGUCCCACAUCGCCGCGAACAUCCCCGGCGGAGAUGGCGGGCUGGGAUCGGCGACCAAAUCCAUGGAGGACACCGGCGGCCCCAACCAGGGGAAACUAGGAAUGUCCAAUGUUGGGGACACCUUUCUCGAUGUUGCUACAGCUGCUGACCAAUAUUUCAAACCUAUUGAUAUGUUGGGUGCAACCAGGCAAGAACCACAUAAUUUGGUUCAAGUCUCAACAGAAAUUGAUGUGCAACAAGAAGCAGAGGGAGAUGAAGGAAAUAACAAUGGUGUCGCUGUCACAGAGGUGGACCACAAUUUAAAAUCAGUUCAAAUGUUGCUUGCAACUGAGGACGGGCAACAUGCACGUGCUGACCAUCUCAAUAUGGACAAUCAAAUAGAGGAAGGACAUUGCCAUCGUGGCCAUGUUCAAGACCCUUUGGAAGAUGCUGUCAAAUGCCCUGACCAUGAUGAACAGAUGCUAGAGCAGAUCAGCAAGUCAUCAAGCUCUAACCAAGAAAAUGAGCUGCAGACAAUGAUUAAGAUAUCACAACAUAACAAACCAAAUAAGUCGAACAUAGCUCAAGUUCUGCCCCAAGAUUAUAUGCGCACCAAAGAAGAUCUUGAGAUUAUUGAAUACAUUAAAUCAUUACCGGCGAAAACAGUUUUGGUGAACAUUGACAGCGCAUGGUUAAAUAGAAAUGAUAUGGAAUGUCUUUUCAAUGGUAAUAUGCAAUUGGAUGGCAAAGCCCUAAGUGCAUAUAUUCAUUGUAUCAGGGGUGAAAAGCAUCUACUUUGUAGAGAGGGUGGAAUGGUCUUCUUGGAGAAUAUGUUCAUUUCAAGCCUACUUAAGCGUGAUGGUGAUCGUGAUGUGGUCUUAAAUUAUAAGGAAGACACUAUUGAUAAAAGAAUGGAGAGCUAUUUACAAGCUGACAUGUGUACGAUGCAGGUUUUCAUUCCAAUCAACAUGGCAAAGUUUUACUGGUAUCUGGCAGUUGUCAAUGCAAAAAAAAUGUGAGAUACAUGUACUUGAUUCUAUGGGACUACAAAUCAAGGAUUGCUAAGAUCUCAAUACUACAGUGAGUAAUUAUUCCUUUUGUUUGGUUGUUUAUUAUCACAUUAUUAUUAAUAAUAAUUAAUAGUAAUCCUUAUGCUGCAUAUUUAUCACAACAGUUAAAAAGACUAGAAAGACAUUUUAAAUAUGUACUAGAACAUAAUAAAGAGCUUAACAGAGACAAGUGGCAGCACCUGGAUGUUGCAUCAAGGCCAUGGCCAAGUUAUAGAGAAGAUCACAGAGCAAAUGCAAACUGAUGGGUACACUUCUUGUGGCUAAACAAUAGUUAGAAUUUGAUUGUGUUUGUCUGAACAAACUUAGAAACUCACUUUAUUUUUCUAAAUUAAUGUUUUGGGUAUCCUAUUGUCUAUGGAUGAUAACCUAUAUGGAAUAUUGGACUGGAUCGUCUCUGUCUGAUAAUGUAACUCAGGUAAUUCAUAGAUGAUUUUGCAUUGACAAGUGCAAGGUAGCAGUUAAACAAUUAUAUAAACUUACACUACUUUGCAGGAUGAUAUCACAAAUUUCAGGUUUAAGCUAGCUGCAAUCUUGUGGGACUCAACAUUAAACACGAGAAGAGGAUAUCAACAACCUGAACAAACAUAUGAAGUCUUAGAGAGUCCAAGUGAUGUUGAAAUUAUCGAUGCUCCGAAUGCGUUAUCUAAACUGCCAAAUCCAUCACAUCUAAUGGAAUCAGAUGCAUUUCCAAAUGUUCUUUCCAGUAGAGUAAGAUGGACAAACACACAAGAACUAUUGUAUGUGUUAAGCAACUAUAUCAUGUCGGUGGACAGUAAUGCUGAAUAUUUGCAGUAAGUCAUUUUCCACUUAUUAUAUUCUAUAUGCAUAGUAAAUAUUGGCAGCCUAUCUAUUUGCUUUAAAAUGGAAUAUUAAUCAUUUAUUAAUAAAAAAGAGUGGAUUAGGAGCACCAAGCCUUAUCCAAUUUCUUUAACUUUGCAAAAACUAAAAGACAUAUUACACGUAAAUAAGCCAAUGGAUCCUGAUUGCUUCAACAUGGCUGUUCGGAUGCUCGCAUGCAACGUGACCUUAUUGUGGUCAGAAGAGAAAUACCACUACAUGGACUUACAAUUCUGUGUAAGUUCAUGUAAUUAUUAUAGAUAGCCAUGUAAUAUUGUUAUGAUAACACUUUUUAUUAGUAAAAAACAGUCCAUAUCUGAUUUUGCUUGAGACCCGCGCCAUCAUGCAAAGCUCGAUAUCAACCGGUUGGCAAAAUUAUUUGAAUGUUGGCCUAACAUGGAGUAUAAAAUUUCACACUGCAGCAAUGUAAGCUAUGUUCCUUUGUCCUUUAUAAUCUUGUGUUUUCUUACAGUCACAUGAAAACUGUUUUUGUUUGCAGAUUUUAUCGCCCUACAAUUUCUUGGGUCAUUUCACAUUAUUCAUACUUAACAUGGGUGCUAGAAGUGUCUGUAUAAUGCACCCAAUGCCUUUACCAGCAUGGUUUAAAGGUCAUCAUCCUAGCAUUCAUUAUGUUCACAAACUCCAUAAUAUUGCCAAUAAUAUGAAACUUGUCAUGGAAUUAGCUUAUCCUGCAUGGAAUGACCAUAUUUAUGUAUGGAAUCGUGUAUUAGCACCAUGGGUGCCAAAAACAUUGGACUGGCAAUAGCUUGUAACUUGCGCACAACUAAUUAAUUAUUGUCCACAUAUAUGUAACAUGUUCUUUUGUAGGAACCUAACAGGCUUUCUUGUUAUUAACUUUAUGCAGUCAUGGGAUGGUAUAAGAUUACCAUUGAUUAGCACCGCAAGAAAUGUAUUGAGGACCAAAUUCUUGGUGGAGUGCGAGGAAAAUGAAGCUAAAGACAACAUUCCUGGAGAAAUACGAGAAAUCCUUAAGCAUCUCAGAAUUUAGGCAAUAUAUGUGAUCUAUUAGCUAUAUGUUGCUCUUUUAGCAUAUGGUGCAUAUUUGCUAUGUAUUCAACUACACAUAACUUGUGAUCGGUCCCUUUUGGUGUGACUUGUGAUCGGUCCCUUUUGGUGUGACUUAUGAUCGGUCCCUUUUGGUGUGAUGACUUGUGAUCGGUCC